UGGCCCAGCAGUAGUCCGAGUCAAUAUGUUCAUCAGAAGUAUCAGUAAAAUCGAUGACGUUAAAAUGGAAUACAGCGUGCAAAUGACUUUGAGAGAACAGUGGAGAGACGAAAGAAUGCAAUUCGACGACAUUGGAGGUCAGGUUCGGUAUCUCACCCUAACCGAUCCGGAUAAGAUUUGGAAGCCGGACUUGUUCUUCUCCAAUGAAAAAGAAGGUCAUUUCCAUAACAUCAUCAUGCCCAACGUCUUACUUAGAAUUUAUCCGAACGGUGAUGUCCUGUAUAGCAUAAGGAUAUCUCUUGUACUUUCCUGCCCCAUGGAUCUGAAAUAUUAUCCCUUGGAUAAGCAAACGUGUUCCAUUACCAUGGUUAGCUAUGGUUACACGACAGAAGAUCUCGUUUUCCUUUGGAAAAAAGAAGAGCCUGUCCAGCUAGUUAAAACCUUGCACUUACCGAGAUUCACGUUAGAAGCCUUUCUAACAGACUAUUGCACAAGUCGGACCAACACGGGUGAAUACAGUUGCCUGAAGGUCGAUCUGCUUUUCAAGCGUGAGUUCAGCUACUAUCUGAUCCAGAUUUAUAUUCCCUGCUGUAUGUUAGUAAUUGUGAGCUGGGUGUCUUUCUGGUUGGACCCAAAUGCAAUUCCCGCCAGGGUUUCCCUUGGAGUCACGACCCUCCUCACUAUGGCAACUCAAAUAUCUGGAAUCAAUGCUUCCUUACCACCAGUAUCGUACACAAAAGCUAUCGACGUGUGGACCGGCGUUUGUCUCACAUUUGUUUUCGGAGCGUUACUAGAGUUUGCGUUGGUUAACUACGCGUCCAGGAAUGAAGAUCACAAAAAGCAAGCAAAACAACGCAAGUGGGACUUGGAACGGGCAGCAGCGUUAGAAGCGGAACGAUUGGACGACGGUACCACACCUUUCGGAAUGCCAUUGGUGCAGCCAGGAGACUUAAACUCAAUGACAACCAAAUUCCGUGAUUGUGAGGUGCAUAUGCCAGACAAUGGUGGCAAGCGACAUGGUCUCUUCCUGUGUGGUACUUGGUGGUUCCAAAGAUUCCCGACUCGUUCAAAGAGGAUCGACGUCAUUUCCAGAAUAUUCUUCCCACUCGCCUUCGCCCUCUUUAACCUCGUGUACUGGACCACCUACCUUCUCCGAGAGGACAAAGACGAAUACUAAAGGUUCGCAAUCAACAAGUUGGUGUCAUCGACAGCAUUUGCCCAAACAAACUUUUCUUUAAAAAAAAGGUUAUAAGGAAAGUUCAAAACUCCUUUGCAGUACCUCACUUUGACAAUCUGCUUGGGUGUCUGUUCGUGAUAUUUUAAAAAUUAAAAGUACACUAAAAGAGAGGUAAAAUUUAAUAUUAUUUGCUGAAACUAAAACAGCAGUGACGUUACUGUUGGUAUCAAAAGCAAUAUUUUACAAAGAUUAGUAUUA